CUGAAAAAUGGAAUUGACUGGUUAUAAGUUCAUAUAGUAGUGAUUUGAAUGCUAUGUAAGCAUUUGUGUAGAAACCUACAUCUGUGUUGAUUUAUUUUGUUUUGUUUUAUCAUUUUUAUCAUUUAAAGGGAAAUUGACAGCAACCUUCAUUUUAUGAAGCUACAAGAGUAUUUUGUACGCAAAGAAAACAAACAAAAAAACAACUUCAUUCAACAAUUUCUUCUCUUCUGUGUCCAUCUCACUUAGUUGUAUAUUUUGGUUCAAAUAAGUAAGGCUGAGCAAAAAAUUACAAGUCAUCCUCUCUGUCGAAAUCUUCAGACGUUUGCAAAGACUGUUUUGUGUGUCUUCCGCAUGUGUCGUUUACUCUCGUGGACGUCCGUCAAAGACAGACACUUAAGAGAAGAAAUAGUUGAAUAAAGUCAUUUUUGCUUUCUUUGUACACAAAAAGUAUUCUCAUAGCUUCAUAAAAUUGUGGUUGAGCCACUGAUGUCACAUGGAUUAUUUUAUCGAUGUUCUUACUACCUUUCUGGGCCUUGAAGAUGGUAUUUGUGUUACUAUCUAUGCAGAAAGCUCUCAAAUUUCAUGAUAAAUAUCUUAAUUUGUGUUAUGAAGACGAACGAAGGUCUUACGGGUUGGAAACGACAUGAGGUGAUGCAUAUCAGGAGUGCGACGUGCAGCUCAAAUACAGCCGUGCAGUUCUAGCUCUGGACCGCUGACAGUCGCUGAGACACGAGACAGCUGUGAGCAGGGCAGAGACCUGAGACGUCAGGAGGACGGGGGGCACCGUGUCUCUGCACUCCUUCAACAAGCUCAGAAUGAACGAUCUGACUAUGUGUCAGGGAGAGGGACGGAAAUAAGGAUUAAGUGCCAUGGCUUUUGGCUUUUAAUUAUAAGCGUGUCCAGAAGCAGUGGGGUCAGCGAGCACCUGCAUCAGUGUCUUCUGAUCGAGCUGGAUCUUAUUGUACAGCAUGAAGCGAACCUUCCCUUCACUCCCGCUCUGUCUCCUCACAUUCCUGCUCCUGUCCCAGCAGUGCGCAGGAAUCAGAUGGCUGUCGCUAUCGCAGACCACACAGCACAUCAACAAGACCCAGCACUGCAAGACGUUGCCAGGCCUCGUCUCCUCGCAGGCUCAGCUCUGUAGGAGUAACCUGGAACUCAUGCAAACCAUCAUCCAAGCAGCACGGGAGGUUAAAAAGGUCUGCCAAAAGACCUUCGCAGACAUGCGCUGGAACUGUUCCUCCAUUGACGCUCCAAAAUUCCUCCCGGACCUGGAACGAGGAACGAGGGAGUCUGCAUUCGUAUACGCACUCUCCGCAGCCGCUAUAAGUCACACUAUAGCACGGGCGUGCACCUCUGGAGACCUGAGGUUGUGCACAUGUGGCCCGAUUCCAGGUGAAAUCCCUGAGCCUGGAUACAGGUGGGGUGGUUGUGCUGAUAACCUGCAUUAUGGUCUCCUCAUGGGCUCAAAGUUUUCUGAUGCCCCCAUGAAGAUGAAAAAGAAGUCUGGCUCGAAUGCCAACAAGCUGAUGCAUCUUCACAACAGCGAAGUGGGCAGACAGGCUUUGCGAGACGCCCUGGUUAUGAAAUGUAAAUGCCAUGGUGUUUCUGGUUCUUGCUCUAUUCGGACCUGUUGGAGAGGCCUACAGGACCUGAAGGACAUCGCCAUUGACCUGAAGACCAAGUACUUGUCAGCCACUAAGGUGGUUCAUCGGCCUAUGGGCACACGCAAGCAACUCGUGCCCAAAGACAUCGACAUCCGGCCGGUCCGAGAGAAUGAGCUGGUUUAUCUGCAGAGCUCACCGGACUAUUGCAUGAAGAAUGACAAGUUGGGCUCCUUCGGUACUCAGGACAGGCAGUGCAAUAAAACCUCCAGCGGAAGUGACAGCUGUGAUCUGAUGUGCUGUGGCAGAGGCUACAACCCGUACUCCGAGAGAGUAGUGGAGCGAUGCCACUGCAAAUACCACUGGUGCUGCUACGUCACGUGCAAGAAGUGCGAGAGGACUGUGGAGAAAUACGUGUGCAAAUGAGUCAGCUCUCCAUCUCCGCGGUCGUCCCGAUCCCCGUCACACGUUUUGAACUAAACUAAUCUAAAGGAGAUGUGGAACGCGCUCUACUUAUUGUAACGGAACUGGCCUGAAUUCUCCUUCGAAUUCCCUGACUUUGGUGGAACGAGCUGAAAAUUUCAAGACUUGAUUCUGUUCUAGAUAUAUUCAGCCUGGGUGUGGAGCAUAACCAUUGGCUGCAAAUAACCAAAGCAUGUUACCAACUUUUGUCUUACGCUUUUCCAGCUUAUAUGCUUUUGAGAAGACAAGGUUUAUUUUUGGCUUUAUGAACUUUUAUAAAGAAAAACCAACUCAGAAGCUGGACUUUAUUUUUUUACUACACAAAUGAGCUCACCGUCCUCAAGAGGAUUUUUACUCCUCAUGUUUUUUUUUGUUUUUUUAAACCAAUAAAUCAUAUGCUCCUUUAUCCAGAUCUUAAAAGUCUAUUUUCUUACACAAUACCUGGGUCCGUUUAUUUUAAAUAAAAGGUACAUUUCCCGUUUUUGCUUUUUAGCACUCUUCUUAGAACCUUCGGAAUCGCUCGGCGUUCCACAGGAUUCCGCAUUCCAAGUUCUAAGCGAUUCAAAACCUCAGAAACUCAGAUGGUACUUUAGUUUCACCAGUUAAGACUGUUUAAUAAACCGACAAGUGCUGAACACAAAGGGAACUUCAAAAUGUGGCUUUUGAAUGAGGAAUAUUGCAAUGGCUUCCAUUCAAUUCUAGAGGGAGAAUACCUGUAUUUAUUCCACGUAUACCAACAAGGACAUUGGACUAUAUGUGUUGUGCCUUGUUAUAUUUUUACCCAACAUAAAAAAAAAAUGCUGACAUUCAAAUGCCAAACCUCUGAGCAUGUGAACAGAAUAUGUGGGUCACCCAUUACGGCCGUCGUGAACCACUUCUCUGUGGAUGUACAUACUGUCAUUUUUGUAUGCUGAAUUAAAAAAGAAAUAUUUAUGAACUAAUUAAA